CUAGAGGGCCAAGUCAAGGCUCGAUGUUGUAUCAUGUAUGACAUGUCACAACGCCGCUACCGCUAGGUCAGUUAUCGUCUUCAGCGAUUCUCUAUGUUUUUGCCGAGAUGAAUUCAUGAUACACAGUGCAAAAUUACUUGGCCCUGCUAGUAGUUUAGGAAAAGAUGGCGCACACUAUAAGGUUUCUUCAGCUAAUUAGAGCUGGAACGACGACAAAAUCUCUAGCGUCAGUUCUUCCUCCUCGAAUUCCCCUAAAAUUUCAACCUUUCACGAGCUUGAUGGAAAGUUUCGAGUCAACAUCUGGACGAUGCACUCGUCCCUCGAUCAUCGACUGGAAGUUGCACGUGCAGAGAUAUUUUCAUACGACGAAAUCGUGUAAUAUAGGUCAUGAAUUUAGCAUCGGGAGGCUAUUAGGUGUAUCAGCUGUACUAGGAUCUUUCUUCCUUCGGCCACGCCUUGCACACUGUGUAGAUGGUUAUGCGAGUUCAGUAGAUGAUCAUAAUAGCAUGGGCAUGUUGGGUGAAUCAGAGAGCGAUGAUAAUCCACAUUAUUUUAUGAUUUUUGCAAAGAAGCUGAUGGUGCCAAUUGCUCUACUCUUAAUUGUGUGGAUGAAUUGGAAUUAUCCGGUUGCUCUUGGAGUUAAAGUGGUGCUCACUCUUCUCAGCACAAAGCCCAGCCCUUUCUCGGUUUAUGUAUUCAUUGAACAGUUGCAACAACAAUACAGGGGCCAGCAUCCCUUCUUACACAAAUUCAAGUCAUUAUAUGCGAAAAAAGUGGAGGUUGAUGAUUACACGGUGUUGUGUAUCGCAAAGGUUGAAAUAGGAGAUCAAAAAUAUACCCUUCUUGGAAUCCUGGGUGGCUGGUGGGUUUUCGAAAUGACAUCUUUGAGGAGUGCUCUUUCUGGAUUUAGGACCAAAACCCUAGAAAUACUACAAACCGCUGUAGUGUUUGGUACGAGGUAA